AUGUUUCUUUUAGCCUCGGCCUCCACACAAUACAUCGACGCCAUUUGCCAACAAAAACCAGUCAUCGACAAAGGCUUCUGCGUCCAAACUUUGAACGGAUUUCUUCCGGCUGCUUCUGCCACCACCACGUUACAAGCGGCUCAAGCCGUGCUCCGCCUCGGCCUAUCCUAUGCCGCUAAAUCUGCGGCUGCCAGUGCAAAAGCGGCAACGGAGAAUCCAAAUCUGAGGAACCAGUUCGAGAGUUGUCAACAUGAAUUUGCGGUCAUUAUAGCCAAUCUCAAGAGUACCGCCUUUGAACUCAAGGAAGACCCAGUGACCGCAAACUAUGAUGUCGCUGUCUCUAUCGACAGCAUCAUCAGAGUGAGAAAUUUGGUCGGCCAAUAUAGCGACAAGGAUUCAAAGAAUGUGAUUAUCAUGACAUCGAUGAUGGANAAGUUUNUUGANAUCGNCNAUGGAGCCNCCNUANCUNUUGGUNGGUAA